AUGUCUAGCAAUAUUUUACACAGCCUACCUCACGUUAUUUUUACUUAUAAUGUUACACGAACGAUUGGUGAAUCGAUUAGUACAACAGCAGCAAAUUCACUAUCAUUCCUUGAACAAGCAACGACAGCUACAAAUAAUGUAUCUUUAAAACCUACAGAAAUUUCACCAUUAGCAUGUAUUGCUUUUGUUAUACUUAUAUUAGCUACAGUUGGUGGUAAUACACUCGUAUUAUUAGCGCUUUAUCUUGACAAAGGUCUUCAUUCACCGUCUUUUUAUCUUAUUGCUAAUAUGGCUACAGCUGAUCUUUUACUUGGUUUAUUUGUAUUACCAUUUUCAUCUGUUCUUGAACUACUCAAUGAACGAUGGAUAUUUGGGGAGAGUUUUUGUUCAGCAUGGUUAGCACUUGAUGUACUUUGUUGUACUGCAUCAAUUAUGGCGUUAAUGGGUAUUUCAAUAGAUCGAUAUAUUGGUGUAACAAGACCAUUGAAUUAUAGUGGUAUAAUGACAACUCGACGAACAAUUUAUUUAGUAAUUGUUGUAUGGGCUGUAUCAAUAUUAACAUCUGUUGUACCUUUAUUUGGUUUAACAGAUAGAGAAAAAAAAUCGAAUGAAUCCAGUAUAGAACAGGAACGUUUUAAAACAUGUAAAGUUAAUAAAAAUACAUUUUAUACUAUAUUUUCAUCGAUGAUAUCAUUUUAUAUACCUGUUAUUAUUCUUCUUAUACUUUAUUCCCGUGUUUAUCAGGAAGCAAAAAAACAAGGAGAAAAAUUAGAAAAUGAAAAACGUCGUCUGUUUCAAAUUGAUUAUCAAAUUGCAUCCGAACAUUUACGUCGAAAACGUGCUAAUACGAAUGAAUUAACAGCAGAUAGUCGACAAAAUGAUCAACAUUCACCAAGAUCUAAACGAUCUUAUUCAAGUAUACCUGAUGUUAAUAGAAUUGAAACAGGCACAAAACUUUUAAGUAAUGGAAAGACUCCUGAUGAAGAUGGUAGUCUUGAUCAUAGUUUAACAUUAACUGAUGGAACUCAAUUAAAAAAAGAUUAUACAGAGCUUAAGAAUAAUACUCAUGAUGAUGAUACAAUACAUUCAGGUUCAUCACUUGCUCAUCAUAUUAAUAGUGCUCGUCGUUCACUUGGUAAACGUAUAUCAACAACAAUGAAACGUACUUCUCAACCGCUUGUACCUCAUUUUCAUCAUCAUAAUGGACAUAUGUCUCCAAAUGACGAAUUAUUAAUAAUAAGACUGCAUUACUUAUUUGUUGGUUACCAUUUUUUUGUUACAUUACCUGUUAUGUCAAUACUUAAACAUCAUGGUAUGAUUAAAGAUGGAAAUACUGAAUCAACAUGGUUUAAAAUAGCAUUCUGGCUUGGUUAUUGUAAUUCAGCAUUAAAUCCAUUUGUAUAUGCUUUUUCAAAUCGUGCUAUACGUCGAGCAUUUCGUCAAGUUCUAUUUCGACGUUUUUGUUGUUGUCGUUCACAAUGUUGGUUAUGUCGAUAUUUUUGUCCAAAUAAAGCAACUCGAUAUAGUGAACCAUCAUCAUCUCAAUAUCAACGUACUCAUAGCAAUUCAUUUACAACACAAACAUCUCAAGUAGCACCAAGACGAGCGAGUUCAUCAUUUUCAGCUGAUAUUGCUCGAACAAUACCAAAACAAAUGAAUAAUUUCGAUGUUUUAUCAAAUUCACCGAUUCGAACACCGGGGGGUAGUGGAGGUCCAGUUGUUUCAUUUGCUGAAUUUCUUCCUGUAACAAAUAGUGAUGAUGAGAUAAUAUCUAAUAAUAAUAAUAAUAAUAACAAACAAUCCUCCAAUCAAGAAUUAAAUUUAACAUCAAUACAAAAUACUUCACCCUAA